AGCUUAUUUUUUCCAUCCUUCUCCAGCACCACAUUUCAAAAGCGGCUAAUCUGUCGGUAUCCUUUUUGGUGAGUGUCCACGUUUCGCAUUCAUACAUAAUGCUAGACUAGUAUGUCUAGACAUACAUGCCUUUAUUAGUCCCGAAGGUUUUAUCCUUUACUAGACCUUUUCUUUGCCUCUGACUAAAUAGAAUAGUAUAUGUAAUGCGCGUCCAUUGUCAGACAUUUGACCUAUGCCCUCAGCCGAAGAUACUUCCCCUAUAUAAGCGAUACAAUCAUUAUCGUUUUAUUGUAAUAAAUAAAUUGCGUCACAUGAACAAAUUCAAGGACAUGAAAUAUAUAUUCAGCUUUAUUGCCGAAAUACCUAUAGCAAGGACAUAUUUUUGUAGUCCGUGUGUUCUACGCCUUUCAAAUCAAUAUUAAUAUCGUUAAUUGAACUUCUGACUGUUUGUUAGAAGUUGUAUAACCUUGCACAGUGUGGCACAGGAGGGAAUCCACCCUUAUUUUCCACCUUCGGGGUUGUUUAGCAACGGGUAGCGUCCUGUAGUAACCAUAGCGAUGACAUCGUCUGCACACCUCGACUUUAACGUGUCAUUAUCGUUUAUUUACCAUUUAUUUCAUCGACCACUGAGGUGACUGUCCACGCUUGGAAAUAUCGAUAUUCUAGAUUGUGAUCAGCAUUAGUUCAUUAGAAUAAAGUGCCGAGUAAUCAAUGUGUCGCCGUGAGCUGACGAGGCAGGACACGCGUGGUGUUAAGCUGAUUGGCGGCGCAAUUGAUAAAAUUUAAAUGUUUAAAGUGCAUGAUAACCAAUAAUGCGACUUCGGUUUGCGCGCAGCCAGCGGCCGGGGCGAGCCCAUCCCCAGCAUCCUCAAGAAGCCCAAGGGCCGCGGCAAGGGCGAUCUCCUCGACAAGAGCUCGAAGAUUAAGCGCGAGAAGGUGGAGGGAGCUCCGAAGGGCGAGGAUGUAAGCGCGCCGCUGCCGCAGGGCUGCACGCCGCUCAUGUACGCCUGCCAGCAGGCCGACUACAAGGCUGUCGUUGAUGCCCUCAACAAGGAUCCAUCGUCAGUGCGCGUCCGUGAUCGCGGCCUGCGCUGCGCGCUGCACUACUGCGCGUCGAGCGGCGCGGGCGUGUCGCAGGCGUCGCGCGCCGCGUGCGCCGACCGCGUGCUGAUGGCUGCGCCCGCGCUGGCCGAUGCCCGCGACGCUGACGGCCUCACGCCACUCCAUCUCGCCGUGGUCCACGGCAACGUGCCACUGGUACAAACUCUCCUUGCAGCCGGAGCUGACGUCAAUGCCAGAGACGAUGAACAUCACACCGUAGUGCACUGGGCUACUGUGUGCGGCGAGGUGGGUGCCCUACGCGCAGUGCUGGCGGCCGGCGCAAACGCAGCCACCCCCGACCAGCACGGGGGCUACCCGCUGCACUACGCGGCUCAGAUGUGCGGCGCGCCUGCUGCCACCGACCAUCAGUCACGAGGAGCCGCACUGGAAGUGCUUCGGGCGCUGGUGAAGGAGGGCGGCGCCCGAGUGGACGUGCGAGACGCGGAUGGGCGCACGCCGCUGCUGUGGGCCGCAUCCGCGGGGUCUGCUGCUGCUGUGCUGGCGCUGCAUCAAGCGGGAGCCAAAGUCGACGAUGCAGAUAGGGAUGGUCUGACAGCCUUACACUGUGCAUCAGCGCGAGGUCACACCGAAGCCUUGGAGACUUUGCUAGGUCUGUGUGGCGCGCGGGUGGACGUGGCAGACUCUCACGGCUGCACGCCCCUACACUACGCAGCAGCUUUGGGACACGCCGACGCUACUGCCGCACUUCUGCAACAUGGAGCAGAUUCUCAUCGCCAGGACAGGAGAGGUCGUAGUCCUGCACACACAGCCGCUGCUAAAGGCCAAAUUGAAACUGUGAGAAUUCUUGGAGCCCGAGGUGGGAAUCUUUGGCUGAGAAAUUCAAAAGGGGAUCUGCCAUUACAUGAAGCUGUAGCAUCUGGCAGAAGAGAAUUGGUGAAGUGGCUACUCGAUGGAAGACCAUCUCAAGUAAAUGCUACGAACCACGAAGGUCGUACUCCGCUUCACAUAGCUGCGGCAACAGAUAAUGCCGAUCUAUGCCGUCUGCUCUUGGAUCGAGGAGCUGAAGUCAAUCCAGUAGCUAGAUCAUCGAAAAAUGAGCCGUUGACUCCAUUGGAUUGUGCUUCUACUCGAGGUCACAGAUCAACUGCUAAAUAUUUGCAAAUGCAUGGUGGUCUUCCAGCCACAAAACUGAUGAAUACGCAAAUUGUUAUUGAUGGAGCUCCAAUCACAAGUUUACCAUCUCGACGAGUAACUAGUACUAAAAUUGAUGUAAGGGAUAGAAUUAGAAUAGAAAAAAGAGAAGUAGUUGAACUAUCUAGUCCUCUUCAGGAAAGGCGGCAAAUAAAAGGCGGCAGUGAUAGUGAUUCAAGCAACGAAUCAGGUGAAAAAAAAAGAUCGCGACGUAAAUCUGGGUGCAAAUAUUCGAAUACGCGCGAUAGAAGAAAAAGAAUGGUAGAAUCUCAAAAAAGUUUUAGUGACGGUUAUGAUAGUGAAUUUGAUGGUUACAGAAAAGAUAGCUAUGAUCAAAAAAGUAAAAAGGGUUCAAGAAAAACUCGAUCCAAAAGUGAACCAUCCAAACGAGAUGAAGGUAGUGGUAAACAUCAUCGAAGGUACAAAUCCGACACUGAAAGCUCUUCAGAAGCUGAAAGUUAUUCCGAAAAAAAGAAAAGUAAACGACAUCGGAAAAGAAGUAAAAGGAAAUCGAGUUCUUCAGAAAGUAGCUCGUCAGAAUCUAGUGAACGGCGCAGUACAAAGAGGAAGGGUAAAAAAACAUCUAUUCAUAUUGAAAAUGAUGAUGAAAAACAAAGCGUUAACAUAGUUAAAUACAAAAACUUGGAUAAAGAAGAAAACAUUGAAAAUCAAGAAAAUGGUACUGAAGGUAUAAUUGCUGCUGAAAAAACUGAGCAACCUGAAUCAAAUUUAGAAAAUCAACUGGUUAAAAGUAAAACACUUAGUGAAACAGAAACUGACACUUUAUCUGUCAAAACUAAUAUGAUUGUAACGGAAGCACAAAUUCAUAUGGAACGUGAAUCAAGCCAACAUGGAAGUUCAGAGAUAACUGUAACUGUUGAUUCUUCAAACAAUGUUUCAAUAGAAACUGCUAAUUUAUCAGUGACGCAUAAAAACUUAGAUGAAGAAAAUAAUAUGAUGGAAAAUAAGAUAGAAACAACUAUUAAUGAUGGCAAAACACAUGAAAUGAUAACAAAAGGUGAAAAUAUAGAAACGGCAAACAUCACACGUGAUAUAAAAGAACAAACGACUCAAGAUGGUACUAUGAAAAGGGAUGAUGCACCGCAAUCAAAAACAGAAAAUGAAAUACAACAUGAAGUCAUGAAGUCUGAAACUACACCAGUUUCUGUGGAACUUAAAAAUGUAAAAAGUUUAUCAAAAACUGAAGACGAAACCAUUCAAAAAGGCUCCCAAAGAUCUACUACUACUAGUCCAACAUCUGGAAAUGAAGUCAACCAAAGUGAUGGAAACUCCCCCUUAGCAACAAGCACUCGAAAAAGAUCGUUUCAAGUAUUAUCGGGUCCCGAUGAAGCUUUAAUACAGAGUAAAGAUAUGUCAGGCGAUUUAAAAACGAGCCUUGAUGCUUCUAGUAUUGAACAAACAGAAUCACAAGAUAAAAGUUCUCCAGUAGUUUCUUUUGCAAACAAAGAUGAAAUAUUUGAAACCAAAGACUCUGAAAAAUCUUGUGACCAUUUGAUGGGUGAACACGUAGAUCAUCAAGAUGGGAUGACAGAGGCAAAUUCUCAAACUGAAAUGGAUAAAAAGAGAAUUGAAUAUGCUUCCACCACUGGAAGUAGUACAGAAGUAAGUCAAAGUAUUGACAAAGGUCUAGUUUCAGUAAUCGAUGGAAAUAUUACUUCUGAUGAUCGAGCACUUCAACAAGUUAUAAUUGAAAACGAACCAGAGGAUUAUGAUAUUAAUUUACCACUAUCACAGUCAUCACCAAGGAGAAUCAGAAAAACUUCUAAAGAUAGUGCAGCAAGUAGUAGAAAAAGUAGUAUUUAUGAAACCGAGAGUUACAAAGUUCUUUCCGAUAUAGCAAGUGCUCCAGAUACUGUGGUAACAACGGGUAUUUUGAAAAAAUCUCCUACUAAACUUGCAGAUGGAUCUCUCGGAGAUGAUGGAGAUACUUUUGAUAAUGAUGAAAAAGGGAUAAAAGAUAGUAUUUAUGGACGAGUACCCAGUGUCAGUGAUAAUGAAAUUUAUAGUCACUCUGAGGCAAAUGGUAGGAGAAAACGGUUUCGCAAAAAAGGUCGAACUAAAAGUAGAACAACGAUAAGAUCCAAAAGUGAAAAUUCCGAAAGAGGUUAUGAAUCCAGUGGAAUGAUGGACUCUGGUUUUGAGCCAAGUCCGAGAGCUUUACAACGGCGUAUUAUGAGCCCCCGACUAGCUGCAUACUAUCAGAAAAGAAAUGCGAGUGGAAGGUAUUCCGGUAAAUCUGAUAGCAGGAUUCCCGUGAGAAAACCAGGUGACAAAUAUGCUGUAGAUAUGAAAUCUGUUACGCAACGUAUACAAACAAAUAUGAGACGAUAUUACUGCGAAAGAAAGCUGUUUCAGCAUUUGUUGGAGCUAAAGCGACUUCAGAUUAGAACGAGUAAAACAAACGAAGCUGUUCUUGUUAAAAGGGCCAUUGACGAAUACAACAAAUCUAGUCUCGCUAAUGUUGGAUUGGGACCAUACAACAGUCCCGACUUCUCUUUUAGCAACUUUGAGAAAUUUCUUUACGACAGUUUAAGGAAACUGCAAAAGAGUAGUAAAAGGCAUUUAGAUAAUCUACCUGAGAAACCAAUAGACUUUGACUAUGGAGAGAGCGAAUUGUAUAAAAUGAGUGCUAUUCCGGAUAACCCCUGUUUGUGUACGAGUAAGACACAUCGAUGUUUUCACGCAGUGCACGCAUAUACUGGAGUUCCUUGCGCUGCUUAUUUACCAUAUAAAUGGGACCAUCAUACAAUGCCGAAGCCGGCUACAGCAGGCCCCAGUACAAAAGCGAAAGGUUUUCUUCCAAAAAUUAAUUCCAAGCCUCCGAGUGGUUCAAGCAAAGCCCAUGUCACCCUCGAGGUGUCUCACGGUAAUGAAAAGCAGUUAAUAGCGUUGCCUGCCGAGAAACUUGAUAGAAAUAAAAGAUAUUACGUAACGUUUACAGUAAAAGGCUCAGAGCCGCCCUCGGACAAUGAUAAUACGUCGUCGCCUAAUGCCACCCUAAACACUAAAAGUGUACGAAGUGGCUGAACACAAAAAAAUAUUCAAUGCCAGAUUAGUAGUCUUUUUUGUGUUGAUUGGCACCAAUAUUCAUAUUUAUCGUUGAAUCUAUAAAAUUUUAAAGGAGACUGAAAGGAGCCGUCCAAUAUCACAGCUUGAAUGGCUGAAAAUACAUAUUUUUCUACAUAAAGAGAUACAAAUGUUAUCUAUUUUCACGAAACACUCAAAAUAUCUUCAAAAUUUGCUAACAUAGUUAUAAAGUUUUGUAGUCUUCCCUUAAGAUGUUGCGGUACGUGCACAAAUAACUAUUGUUUGUGUAAAUAAGUUUAAGAUUCCGUCCAUUUGUUGUUUGCACUGAAAAUUCAUUCUAAGAAUCUCAAUUGUAGGAAAUUCUAAUAAAAUGUGAAGAAAAGUUAUUUUUUAUUCUAAUAUAGCACUGGCUGGUGUCAGACACAGAUUAAUCUCGGUAAGGCA